CUCUCACAAGUCAAGUCACAAAGGUUUAACCUUUCCCUCCCUUCCUGGGUUACUUCUUCUUCUUCUUCUUCUUCUUCUCUCUGUGUGUCUCUCUCCCUCCAUUUUCUCUCAUUUUGGGACUUUGCAGAAACAAGCUAGAAUCUUUUUCCCAUUUGUUCUCUUGUCGGCCAAAUUUGGAAACUUUCUGACCAUAAUUUGCCACGUUCCCAAGUCUGUGUACCUUGGGGAAAGCUAGGGGAAAGGAGGUGGACAAGUUUUUAAGGUUGCAUAUCACUCUGUUUUUGGGAGGGCUCUCUCUCUCUCUCUCUUUGAAGGAACAGAGGAAGAAGAGUUAUUGUUGUAGAAAAGUGAAAAAGCCUGUAUUGGGUUCUUCUGUGGAAGGAAGAACCAUGGCUGCUGCUUUGUUGUCCACUUGGCCAUGGGAGAGCCUUGGGUUGUACAAGUAUGUACUGUACGGGCCACUGGUGGGGAAAGUGCUAUACUCCAGAUACCAAGAGGGUUACAUGAAGCCAGAUUGGUGCUUUUGCUUGGUAGUAAUUUGGUACAUCAGGCAGAUUGUGAAUAUGCUAUGGGCCGCUUUUGUCAACAUGAUGUUCCUCUCCAAGAGCAUCAGGAUCAACAAGCAAGGCUAUGGUUUCAAGCAGGUGGACAGUGAAUGGGAUUGGGAUAAUUUUCUGAUCCUCCAAGCUAUGAUUGGGUCUUUGGCAUGUUCUAUCUUGCCAAUGGAAUCAAUUCCUAUAUGGAACUCAAAAGGGUUGUUAUGGAUGCUGGUUCUUCAUGUUGGAAUCUCAGAGCCAGUUUACUAUUGUGUUCAUAGACUCUUCCACACAGGCUCCUUGUUCACCAAUUACCACUCUAUCCACCACUCUUCUCCAGUGCUGCAUCCAUACACAGGCUUACAACUAUCAUUUCUGGAGCAUCUGGUGCUAGCUUUAGUGACUGGGAUCCCAAUUCUUGGGUGUUUCCUUCUGGGUUAUGGAUCAUUGCUUACAACUGCUGGCUAUCUUUUGGUGUUUGAUUUCUUGAGAUGUAUGGGGCAUUCCAACACUGAGAUAGUACCUCACCAAGUUUUCCAGACCCUCCCUUUCCUCAAAUACCUCAUUUACACACCAACGUAUCAUAGCCUGCAUCAUACUGAGAUGGAGACCAAUUUCUGCCUCUUCAUGCCAAUCUUCGAUGCAAUUGGGAAGACCCUCAAUAGCAAGUCGUGGGAGCUGCACAAGAAGAUACGUUCACAAGCAGGGAAGUAUGGGAGAGUUCCUGAUUUCGUGUUCUUGGCGCAUGUUGUGGAUGUGUCUUCUGCAAUGCAUGCUCCCUUUGUUUUCCGGACAUUUGCAUCGCUGCCAUACCGAUUUCAAGCCUUCUUGAUCCCUUGCUGGCCUAUAACAUUCGUGGUGAUGCUUGUGAUGUGGGCUAAAGCCAGGACAUUUGGCUUCACUUUCUACAAUCUAAGGGGCAAGCUCCACGAGACAUGGGUUGUGCCCAGGUUUGGUUUCCAGUACUUCUUGCCAUUUGCAAAGGAAGGAAUCAACAAGAGGAUCGAUGAGGCUAUUCUCAGAGCUGAUAGUCUUGGAGUCAAGGUCCUGAGUCUGGCUGCAUUGAACAAGAACGAAUCACUGAAUGGAGGUGGAACAUUGUUUGUGAACAAGCAUCCAGACCUGAAAGUCAGAGUAGUCCAUGGGAACACAUUGACAGCAGCAGUGAUUCUGAAUGAGAUUGGUGAAGAAAUUGAAGAAGUUUUCCUAACAGGAGCCACUUCCAAGCUUGGAAGAGCCAUAGCUCUCUACCUCUGCAGAAGAAAAGUCAGAGUUCUCAUGUUGACAUUGUCGACAGAGAGGUUUCAGAAGAUCCAGAAGGAAGCUCCUGUGGAUUGCCAGAAUUACUUGGUGCAAGUUACCAAGUACCAGGCUGCUAGAAGUUGCAAGACAUGGAUAGUUGGGAAGUGGAUAACACCAAGGGAGCAGAGUUGGGCUCCACGGGGAGCCCAUUUCCAUCAGUUUGUGGUGCCACCAAUUUUGUCCUUCAGGAAGGACUGUACUUAUGGAGACCUUGCUGCCAUGAGGCUACCUGAUGAUGUUGAAGGGCUUGGAAGUUGUGAGUAUACGAUGGAUCGAGGAGUUGUUCACGCGUGCCACGCAGGAGGCGUGGUGCACUUCUUGGAAGGAUGGACCCAUCAUGAAGUGGGAGCAAUAGAUGUUGACAGGAUAGAUCUUGUGUGGAAUGCUGCAAUGAAGCAUGGCUUGAAGCCUGUCUCCAGCAUCAACAAACUCAAACAAACGUAGAAACAUUGGUUGAGAUGGAUGGAUGGAUGGAUGGCUUGGCUGUGUGUUUACAUUGCAAAAUUGUUGCUUGUUGCCCCCAUAUAUAUAUAGUUUGUAAUAUCCUAAUGCUGUAGCUUUUAGAUGUAUCAUUCGACAAGAAAAAACGAUCAAAAAAUUUGUAAGGAUUAGAGAUGGGGCAAGGAAAGAAAAGGGUUGUUCUAAAAGUGAAAGAAAAGCGAGAACAACAUGUAAUUUUCUUUAAAUUUACGUGUCGAAAGGAGUAUCGAAAGGAAAGUUCAUUGCUGUGUAGUGUAUUCCUCUUCGCAAUUUCAUUAUUGAAAGGGAGAAUUUGUUCGUAUUUUUCUCCAACCAUAAGUAAUCUUGAACCACUUUUGUCCAAAUUUUGAUUUAUAAUCAAGAGAUGUUUAAAGU